UCAUGAGCAUGAUCCUCAGCCCGCUGCCAUUGUGCUCAAUAGACCCAGCACAGCUCGCAUUUCGCGUUUUAUUUAACUUCUGAGUUAUCUCGUAGUAUUAAUUUAAACCGACUACCCCCUGGGCAUUUAAUCGCGUAUUUAUUUAAUCAACUAUCAAGCCUAUUUAUAUAUUUUUAAAGAAUUCUUGGCCAUUAGUCGCUCCCGUAUUGAUGCCUGCCGUGAGUUUUUGUUGAAAUAAAAAUUUUCUAACGUUUCCGUAAAUUAAACUGUGACACGUUCGUGAUUGUUCGCGAUCGAAGUUUCCUGAACAAGGCCACCAAGGAAAUUUUUCACAAAAAGCGCCCAGUACUUACCACUUGCACUUGCGUUAAAUUACAUCGCUCCUUUUUUCAUAAUUUAUUUGCGUUCAUUAAAAAGUCAAACUACAUAACAAAUUAAAUUUAUUUAUAAUAAAAUAUCAGAAUGGCCGAUGAAGUUAUGGAGUUGGACAUGGAUGCUAACGACGAGAUUAUAAUAUCCGACUCAGAUGAUUAUCAAUCCGAGAGUACACCCGAAGAACUGGCUGAGCUUCAAAUCGAGGAAGCCAAGAAAUAUUACAUCGACAAACAAUAUAAAUCAGCACUGGCAUGUUAUUCAAAAGCUAUAGAGCUUUGUCCCAAUGUAUCAAAGUACUACGGGAAUCGCGCCGCAUGUUAUAUGAUGCUGGAAUUAUAUCGCGAAGCUUUAGCUGACUCGAGAAAAAGCAUCGAACUGGACCCGACUUUUGUCAAGGGAUACACAAGAACUAUAAGAUGUUGUUUGAAAAUGGGUGAAAUUGUGGAAGCUGAUACUCUAUUAAAUAAAUUGAACACAAUUGAUCCAGCAGCGGGGAAAUUAACGGCUACGGAAUCACAAGAGCUGAGUUAUGUCCAGCGUUAUCUUAGGGAAGCGAACGCUGCACUUGAAGCUAAAGAUUAUCGUAAAGUUGUCUACUGUAUGGACCGUUGCUGUGAUGUCAGCAAAUAUUGCCCGCGAUUCAAGCUGAUGAAAGCUGAAAGUCUUACUCACUUGGAGAGGUAUCAAGAGGCUCAAGAAAUAGCAAAUGACAUUUUACAUUUGAACAGGUCAAAUGUUGACGCCACUUAUGUACGAGGUGUGUGUUUGUAUUACCAGGAUAAUGUUGACCGGGCAUUCGCUCACUUUCAAGAAGUUCUCAGACUUGCACCCGAUCAUGUGAAAGCUCUGGAAAUGUACAAGAAAGCCAAGCUGUUGAAGCAGAAAAAAGAAGACGGUAAUGUCGCUUUCAAAGCAGGUCGGUAUCAGGAAGCGUACAAUCUUUACACAGAGGCAUUGACAAUCGACCCUCAAAAUAAAAUGAACAACACUAAGCUUCAUUACAAUCGUGCGUUGACUGCGUCUAAAUUGGGACGACUAAAUGAAGCGAUAACGGAGUGUACUGAAGCCCUCAAAAUCGACGAAAAUUAUUUAAAAGCCAUAUUAAAGCGCGGCGCCUGUUAUAUGGAGCUCCAGGAGUACGAAGAUGCAGUGCGAGACUACGAGAGAGCUUGUAAGAUAAAUAAAUCACGUGACAACCGACGACUACUUUUGGAAGCUAAGGAAGCGCUGAAACGAUCUCUGAAAAAAGACUACUACAAAAUUCUGGGUGUUGAGAGAACGGCUUCCACCGACGACAUCAAGAAGGCGUACAGGAAAAGAGCGUUAGUUCAUCACCCAGAUCGGCAUUCCAGUGCUUCGGACUCAGAGAAGAAAGAACAAGAGAAGAAAUUCAAAGAAGUAGGGGAGGCCUACACCAUCCUCUCAGACCCCAAGAAACGCUCAAGAUACGACAGAGGAGGUGACAUGGAGGAGUUCGAAACCGGUUUUGAUCUAUCAAACUUCGGUACUGACUCAGCGUUCGCGGCGUUCUUCACAAAACCUGAUGGCGGCGGAUUCCACUUCCAGUUUGCCGGUUCAAAUGACUCAUUUCCAUUCUGAUGCCAGAAAUCACAAGACGAAUAUUUUGAGAUAUAAUAAAUUACUACAAUUAGUUACCGAUAUAUUAGUUAUAAACCCAAUUAAAAACACACACUCACACACACACGGUCUAUUGUCUGACGAAAUUAAAAGAGCUCGUGUGUUCGACUGUUUUACUGUAAUUAAUUAUAAUGAUGGUGAUGAUGGUAAUAAUAAUAAUAAUGAUAACGGUAACAAUAAUACUGACUUGAUAAUUAAUAUCAACUCAUCAUUACUCAGUAUAAAAAGUUUGAAGACACAGUUACAUGGUAUACUGUUUGAAAUAUCCAAUAAAAUGACAACUUGUAUACUUUUAAAGUACGUGUAGUUUUAGUAAUAAUACAUUGAUAAAAAAAACAUUUAAAAACAAAAAAACAUUAGAGAGUAAUCCUAUCGUGAAUUGCGUUCGAUUUUUAAAAAAAUAAUUAACUAUUUAACUGGCAAUAGAACAAUAAUAGUAAUCAUGUAAUUAAUUAUUAAUCAUAUAUAUUUAAAUUAUGAAACUUGACUGUGCAGUCAUCAUACAUUUAAAUGCAGGUCUAUGAUAAAAAAAAAAUUUUUGUCUUAUUUACUUAUUUUUUUUUUAGAUUGCUAUAAAUAAUUGGAAGCUGACGUAAAAGUUUGGGUAAAAAAAUAUAUGAUUAGAAACUAAUUGGAAGGAUUAUUAUAUUUAUAGGAACAAAUUUCAAUUGUAUUAUAUUUUUUUAUACUGAAAAAAAUUAUUGUAAAUUUAAUUUAAGACUUGAUUUUUUUUUUUUUUUAAGAAAUAAGAAUGUAUAUAAUUUUUUAUAAUUGAUAAAUGAUGAAAUGUCAGUGAAUUGUUGAAGUAGAAAUCUUGUAGUGAUAAAUCAAAGCCUACUGUCGUUUAUAUAUCCCAGCUAUUUUUCUGACCGUUUAAAAUGUGCAUAGUCAAUGAGCCCAAAUAUCAUCAUUAAUAAUAAUUAUAAUUAUUAAUAAAAAAAAAAAAUUAUAUCAAAGAUGACUUCUUGUAGAAUUGAUAGUUGAGCGAGGGAUUACUUAUAGGAAAACGAUAAAUUUUUUAUACAUUACCUGCUAGGAAAACUUGAGAAGAAUUUUUCUUCUUUAAUGGAAAACUAAUAAACACUAUACAUUAUUAUUAAUUUCCAAUAAAUUAAUAGUUUAAAUCCUA